CUACACUUUUUUCACUGUACGAAAUAUCUGCGCCCACGACGAGAUCGACGCUUUAUAGAAGCGCGAUUUGUUGAGUCAAGUGCGAAAAUAAUUACGGUGUCUAAGAUACGUUUUAUCGUUAUUGCAUAUCUACGAGUAAGGAUUCUUCUGUGCUUUAAUGCCUGAGGGGCCAAUUUUCACGGCUUAGGGAGCAGGAAUGAUCCUGUUUGGAUUAAUCAUCCUUUUAACCCUGAGCUGGGAAACUCAGGGCUUAUUCUACCACAUUCAAGAUUGCGAGAUUGAGGCAAUCGACGAAGAAUGGUUCGACGUUGAUGCAAGCUCUUGUGAGCUGGAGCUUUUGAACGAUACGUUUAACGCCCUGAAAGUGGAUUUAACUGUUAUCAAGGACUUUCCAGAGGAUACGUAUGGAGAAUUUGACGCGUUUUUACGUAGAGCUGGAAAUUACAAAACGAGCGCAGGUAUUUACGUUAAAGAAGAUAUCUGCAGUUUUGUCAACGAGGAAGUAAUGUUAGGGGAUUUCUUUAAAACCAUUGGUAUAACCGAGAAUAAUUGCCCCCCGAAAAAGGGUAUUUUUACAAUGGAAAAAUCGUGGUACCCGUCAAGAAAAUUAUUGCCGAAGACGGUGGAUGGAAUGGAGUACAAGACGAUGUUCGCCAUUACUAUAAACGAAAAGCGUGUAUUGAUUCUCGCGGUUUACACUGACGUAGCUUCGUCGGAAUGGGAAACUGAUGACGAUGCCGACAAUUAGGUCAGAGAUCAAAGCCACGUUCUAACAAGAAAAAAUGAAAACAUUGACUCAAAACGCUUUUAUUUGAGUAAAGAGACACUUUUUGGAUGAUUUUGAGAUGUUUUGGACAUGUUUGAGAAAUCGAGUAUUUUUUAUUUUCAUAAUUUCCGUUUUUAUCGCAAUGAGAGAAUAAUUCUACAAAAUGAAUAGCGGCAAUAGAUUUGACAGAAAAUUUUACCCCCCCCCCCCCUUUUUAUACACUCGACAAUUAGUGCAUGUCGAGAAAAUCGUGAAGAACGAAAAAUCAAUAUUGUAAACCAUAGUGCGCAAAAAAGCGAACGGGUUAACCAAUCGAUGAUACGUACGGUAAUGAAAGAAAAUUUUACUACGCUCCCAAUGUGACAAAUUUAAAUAUUAUCAUGCAUCGUGUAAAAAAUUGUAGCAGAAAUUCUGUAUUUUGCAAUGAUUUCGUUUUUAUACAAUUCUGCUGUUAUUUUUACCUCAUUAAUCAAUUGUAUGAUAAUUUGUGCUUUAUUUUAUUUAUUUUUUUCAUCCGUUCGUCCUUCUGAAGUUAAUAUAUAAAUACGUGUAAGAAAUAAUAUGAAAAUAAAAAUAAUCGAGCAUCGAA